AAAGCCACUUGAUCUCAGAUUAUUGAUUUUUUAUUUUUUUUUAAAGAAAAAAGUCCAUAUUUGGUCUGGGACUUUCUCGUGGUGAUAAUGACACUUAAAAUGCAAGUCGGCUCCUUAAGCUUAUGGGAAACCCGUGAAGUCUGACAGCACUCUUGGGAUAGGUUUUAAUGUGUCAUGAAAGCGAUGUCUACAUGCUGAUCACUUAUGAUGUGUAAGCUGUCAGAUGGGGCACAGUCACUGAGUACAGGAAUGAACGCAAGCCUCCUCUGUGGACAGCUGCCACACAAAACGCCUCCUGAUCCAAACCAACUGGCAGGAUUUAAACUGCUAGAAAUCAUUAAAAAUGAUUCUGUUCAUACUGUGAAUUCACACAUGGAAUUUGUUUAGCCUGUAGUAACAUAGUACACAUAAAUGGGAAAAUUCCAGGUUGCAAUUGUGUUUGUACAAUAUGUUUUUCUCAAAGGAGAAUCAGUCAGACAUCUUGCUGGUUUGGAAAUUUAUUAAGAGAUAGACUUUGAAGUGCUGCCAAUGUCGGUGGCUGAAUGAGUAGGUGGUCUGGUACCCGACUGAUUUUCUGAGAGGCUUCUUUUAACCCCUAAGUGCCCUAGAAGGUCCCUGCCAUUGAUGAUCUAGGAGGUCUCCUACUUAGAAAUGAGUUCUGGUAAAGAUGGGUGAAGGGUGUGUACCAUGUAGGCAUGGGGUCUACAUUUCGGCAACAUGUUUUGUAAAAGCUCUUAUGAGCAGUUCCAUGGGCGUCUAACCAACCACAGACUAUAAAGGGGCCUUUCUACAGAGAGCAGUAAACUGUGAUUGGCUGCUGGUCGGGGACCAUUAAACUUGCAGGCGCUCAGGCAUCACAGUGGUGAAUAGAUGCCAGUGUGUAGCUGGUUGACUGCGCCGGGCUGUCGAGAGGAUGGUCCCCUCCUCGUCUAUAUCGCCAGUGCUGCUGCUGUUGGUUGUGCACAUCAUUCCCGUCUCCCCUGUCGGAGAUGAGAGGCCCCCGGGGAAAAAUAGGAAAAGGAUGCCUCCUGUCUUACACACAGAGGCCCCAGUGCUGGACCCCAUCAGGGAGGCUUACGCCUACUGCAACAUCCCCAAUCGCACAGAGCAAGGCUGGGAGGGCCACAGCCCAGCCGACUACGAGCUGCUGUCAGUCCAGGUGAUGAUUCGCCAUGGCGACCGGUACCCGCUCUACGCCAUUCCCAAAACCAAAAGGCCUGCCAUUGACUGCAUGCUGGUGCCCUACAGGAGCCCCUCCCACCCACUGCUGGCCACUUUUAUCAAUCACAUGUCUUGGGGAGGGCGUGGACGCUGGGACCCCAUGCUGAGUGCCCUGCCCCGCCUCCCCAGUCACAGCAUGUGUGAGAUGGGGGAGCUCACACAAACAGGCAUCGUGCAACACCUGCGAAACGGACAGCUCCUGCGUGACGCCUACAUGAAGCGGCACAAGCUGCUGCAGCCCGGCUGGACGGCGCGGCAACUGUACGUGGAGUCGACGGGCAAGAGCCGCACGCUGCAGAGCGGCCUGGCUCUGCUGUACGGCCUGCUACCGGACUUCGACUGGGCCGAGGUGGUGGUGCAGCAUCAGGCCAGUACACUCUUCUGCGGGGCUCACUGUGACUGUCCCGCCCGGAACCGCUACCUGGAAGAGGAGCAACGGCGACAAUAUCGACUCCGCGUGGCGGACACCCAGCUGGACCACAUGUACGCGGACAUGGCGCGGAUGGUGGGCGUGGCCCCGCGACAGCUGCGUGCCGCCAACCCUGUCGAUUCUCUAACGUGCCACCUUUGCCACGGCCUGAGCUUCCCAUGUACCGCGCAGGGCUGCCUAUCGCCACGGCAACUGGCCAUAAUCAAGCGGCAGCAGCUGGAGGAUGAGGAGGACCGCCGUCGCCAGGGGCUAUACCGCCGCUACGCGCUGCUGGCGGCGCACCCCUUCCUGAACCGCACGGCGGGACGCAUGCUGCACGCCGCAGAGGGCCGCGACGGUGGGGAGGCGCUGGCGGUCUUCUCGGCACAUGAUGUGACGCUGGUGCCGCUGCUGAGCGCGCUGGGGCUGGCCAAGGCCCGCUUCCCGCGUUUUGCCGCGCGCCUGGUAUUUGAGCUGUGGCGGAUCCCGCCGCAGCCCCGGCAGGAAGAUGGCAACUCAGAGCGCCAGCAGCUGUUUGUGCGCAUACUCUAUGAUGGCGAGGACGUCACCUUCCAAACCUCCUUCUGCUGGUCUCACGAGCGCCUCCCUGGCCAGCCCCUGUGCCCCUUUAACAGCUUCCUGUCGUUCGUUCGCAGGGAUAUGUUCAGGACCCUCAACGCCACCAGCUACCAGGAGGCCUGCCACAGGAGGCCUGUCUGAUGGGGGAUCGCCCGUCCCCAGAGUGUCCCAACCUGUUACUUCCUUUUCGUUAGAGUAGCAUUAGCUGUGACUCAUGCUCUAGUGCUACAAAAAAACCUUAAGUAAAACCAUGAUUCUUCCCUUCAAAAUAUAAUUUCAAACAUAUAAAGUGCAUUACUUUGUGCCUGUGUCUGUAUAAUACAUACACACAUAUACUGCGUAUGUAAAUGUCAUGCCAUUCUCAUGUUCAUUUACUUAGAUUAUAUUCAUAUAUGUCGUGUGUGUCACUAGCCACUUUGGAAUUUAAAAGGAAACUUCUCACUUUAAUAACUGAACAGGUGACUUGUUUAAGCGAGACUCAUUUCUGAGCAGACCUCGUGCCACUUAUCAAGCCAGAGUUCAGCACUACUGAGAUUAAUCAGUAACUCGCAUGCAGGGUGAACAGAGCCUGGUCUGCUAAAUUAACAGUUAAAGGUUUUUUGACAUCAUUCAUAGAUAAUCUGACUUCCAGUAGAUGAUACAUCGUAAAUACCAACAUGGUGCUGUUUUUCGAGAUCUUCCGAAGCUUCUGCCGCCUCUUGUGGAGGGAGUACUCAGAAGUGGUUUGGCAUUAAAAAGUUGUGUUUACUAACCUGGUCGGGUAAUUAAUGAGAUUUUAAAUAGUGGAAAACUGACCACCGUCCUUGGUGUUUUUUUUUUUUUUUUUUUUUUGCACAAGUUGCCAUGGAAGCAGGGUUUGUUUACUUCUUCAAACACUAAAGGAAGGUACAGAUGUUCCUCUACUGUAUAAAUGCAGAUAUUUUCUCAAGAUAUUUUCUAUAGCUGAAUUAGUUUUAAUACAUAUUUUAAAAAAAAAUCCAGUGUUGAACAUAAAGGUGUUUUACGAUAUUGAAAUUUGUAUGUGUCCAGUCUACAGAUGUUUAUUUUAGUGCCGUUAAUUCAUGAACAUUUCCCAAUAAAUAAAAGUUAUGAAGGUGCCCCUGAUAUUUCUGCUAUUUUUAUGGCUGUACUGUCUUUAUAAUCAUAGUAUGGUGUUUUGUAAACCACGUUAUUACGAUUUUAAAAUCUAUACAUCGAUGUAUUUUGUGUGUACAAGGGUUUGCUGAGAUGGAAAAAAGGUGUAAAAUUUCAUAAUGUAUACUUGAAUAAAUAUUUUUUUCCGUA